UGCAUUCCGCCCCGAGCCCUUACACCUGCACGUUUUCCUACGAAGAAACCUCAAGGUGUAGAUAAGAAAGAUUCGAUAAUCAAUUUCAAUCAAUAUUCCGGCAAUUUAAGGCGUAUCUCACAGAAAAUCAUCGUGUGACAAUCUCUUCAGCAGAUUUAGGACAAAAUGUCUGCCUCUCCGACUCAGCCGACCAACCCAGCGAAGCGUCCACUGGAGGAUGCAUCUUCGCCUUCUCGCUCUAAUGACCAGCCCGAAGCCAAACGACCAGCACUUGACAAGGUCAUUCAUGUCGAUCAUGAGGAAGAGAAACCCAAAAUUGCAGAGAGUAAUGGCGAUAGUGUGCCAGACGCAACGGAUGCCAACGGUACAUCUAAAACAACUACUCAUGAUAAGCCCGUAGUCAAAGACGAGCAAGGGGAUACUAUUGUGGGUGAUGCCAAUGAUUCUAAGGCUGGCACAGCCGUCCCUGCCGUUGUAACGGGUACAGCAUCAGUACCCACAGCAACUCCAGCCAAUGUUGCAGAUGAAACUGCAUGGAUUCACGUGAGAGCGGUCAUCUCGAGCCCGGAGGCUGCCACUAUCAUUGGCAAGGGUGGUGAGAAUGUAUCCAAUAUUCGAAAGUUAUCUGGUGCCAAGUGCACUGUCAGUGACUACCAGAAGGGUGCUGUAGAACGAAUUUUGACCGUCAGCGGCGUUGUUGAUGCUGUUGCUAAGGCCUUUGGCUUGAUUAUUCGCACACUGAACAACGAGCCUCUGGAUGAACCUUCGAGCGCGCAGUCCAAGACAUAUCCGCUACGCCUGUUGAUCCCACACGUGCUAAUCGGUUCAAUCAUUGGCAAAGGUGGCGUACGUAUUCGUGAGAUUCAAGAUGCCUCAGGUGCCCGGCUUAAUGCCUCGGAUUCUUGCCUUCCCCUAUCAAGUGAACGCUCCCUUGUUGUCAUGGGAGUAGCAGAUGCUGUGCAUAUUGCGACUUACUACGUUGGUAGCACUCUUCUCGAACAGCUCAACGAACGAUUUGGAGGUCCAGCAGCCUCAGCCUACGCAACCCGAAGCGGUGGUCCGGCUGGUGCUGUGCCAGGAGGAAUGCAAGUAAUCCCAUACAGUCCACAGCAAGCAGGAGGUAACUAUGGCCACCGUGAAAACUAUGGAAGACGUCCUGAUCCCCGAUCCCAACACUACCCCCCAGCGCCAUACGCUCAGCCAUACCCGCAUGCACCCGCGCCCCAUGCCAACCCCAAUGUCGCCAUGCACUAUCCCCCUCAGGCUAGUGGAUAUGGUGCUGCCCCGCACAUGCCUCCCCACCAACAAGGUGGUCACGUUGCUGGCCCUCAGCAUCAUAGUGGCCCUCCAGCUCAGCCUAUGCAAGGUGGUAUGGCAGGUACACCGCUAACUCAACAGAUCUAUAUUCCGAACGAUAUGGUUGGUGCAAUUAUCGGCAAGGGUGGUUCCAAGAUCAACGAAAUACGAACAAUCAGCGGUAGCGUCAUCAAAAUCAACGAACCCCAAGACAACAGUAACGAGCGACUUGUGACCAUCACAGGGACGGAAGAGUGUAAUAGAAUGGCACUUUAUAUGCUAUACUCUCGACUUGGUGAGCUGAAGAACCAAAAAGCGGCUUAACUAAUGCCGACUUAAUCUACCUUCAUCGCGAGGACAAGGCUAAUCCUCGCUCCUCCAUCCAGAAAGCGAGAAACACCGCAUCUAAAAUGUCACAGCCCUCUCAUUGCCUUCCGAGCUCCCCGGCACGAUUUAUAUUUUCUCCAGCGCCACGCUUUUGUCGUCGUCGUAACUGCUAACGUGGCUCUUAAGCUUCUUGUCCUGGAAGGGAGGUAAUGGCGGUAGUUGGCGUCAAGGUUUGGUCUCGGACUGUUUCCAUAUUUCUACAAGGUUAUUGUCAAAAAAGGUUCGGUUUGGCUGGGACAGGGGAAAGUUGCCAGCUAUUUGGUAUGAAGACAGGUUGAUUAUCUGAGGGCAUUAUGGUAGCCCUUUAAUCUUUUUUAGAUGACACUUCAUCACAUUACACUUAUGCUUUAGUCCCUACUUCACAGUCUACCGCGUGCCCCACUCGUGUCCUAACCGUUCAAUCAUCCCUUCUCUAGGCCUGGAUCU